UUUAUGGCCAUCAAAUCAUAAUGGCGGCCCAAGACAUUUCGUUUUCUGUCUGUUUCUGUUUUGUGUGAAAUGAAUUUAUGAGGAUUUCUGUGUUACAAUUGAUUGAAAUGUGAUAGAUGUUUAUGCCUGUUUAGUUUUUAUAUCUGUUUGCAAUUUUUAUCAGAUCAUAAUGUCGAGUGACGAGGACAAGCCGCCCGCGCCGCCCGUGCGGCUCACCAGCAACCGCGGCACGGACCGCGGGGACUCCGUCGCCUCCGUCGACAUGAGGCCCCUGCCCAAAGAACCUGACGAUGGAGGUGACAGAAAAAAGAAAACAUUAAAGGCAAAGAUAAAAGGAUCAAAAAGCACCGCACAUAAUGAUAACAAGCCAAACAUUAGCUACCCUACUAAUUUUGAACACACAGUUCAUGUUGGAUUUGAUGCUGUUACUGGUGAAUUCACGGGGAUGCCGGAAGCGUGGGCGAGGUUGCUGAUGGCCUCCAACAUCAGCAAGCAGGAGCAGAAGAGCAACCCGCAGGCGGUGCUGGACGUGCUCAAGUGGUACGACGCGUCCGCCACGCAGCCCCCCGUGUCCAAGUACAUGACCUCCGCACAGAUGCACACAACGCAUUCUGGUUCAUCAGUGUCCCGGGUAUCAUCAAGUAGUCCCUCGUCGUCCACGCCCACCGACACGGAGCACCCUGAGCCGCCGCCGCCACCGCCCUCGCGCCCCGACCGCACCAAGAGUAUUUACACAAAACCCAUAGAAGAGGAGGAGGCGCCCCCGCCGCGGCCGCUGCCCCCCGCGCCCGCGUCGCCCCCGCACGUGCCGCACCCCGCCAUCAACACGCAUUCAAUAUCGUGUCGCGUGGAGCCGGCGCCAGUGCCGCUGGACCGCAACAAGAACCCGGCCGCGCCGCAGACGCCGCCCGCGCACGCGCCGCACCCGCCCGCCAACGGCGCGCCGCCCGUCACCGCCGACACUGGGUACGUUACGAGAGCGACGGGGCAGCAACAAAGGAAAAAGAAAAUGACAGACGAAGAAAUAUUAGAAAAACUAAGAACAAUAGUCAGCGUUGGGGAUCCAAAUAGAAAGUAUACUAAAAUGGAGAAAAUAGGACAGGGAGCGUCAGGCACGGUGUACACGGCGAUCGAGACGUCCACGGGCAUGGAGGUGGCCAUCAAGCAGAUGAACCUGAGCCAGCAGCCCAAGAAGGAGCUCAUCAUCAACGAGAUCCUCGUCAUGCGGGAGAACAAACACAACAAUGUUGUUAAUUAUUUGGACAGCUAUCUUGUUAACGAGGAACUCUGGGUAGUAAUGGAGUACCUGGCCGGCGGGUCCCUGACCGACGUGGUGACGGAGACGUGCAUGGACGAGGGGCAGAUCGCGGCCGUCUGCCGGGAGGUGCUGCAGGCGCUACACUUCCUGCACACCAACCAUGUUAUACACAGGGAUAUCAAGAGCGAUAAUAUACUGUUGGGGCUGGACGGGCAGGUUAAACUGACUGACUUUGGUUUCUGCGCGCAAAUAUCGCCCGAACAAAACAAAAGAACGACGAUGGUAGGAACUCCCUACUGGAUGGCGCCCGAAGUCGUCACAAGAAAGCAAUAUGGUCCUAAGGUGGACGUGUGGUCUCUCGGCAUAAUGGCCAUCGAGAUGAUCGAGGGCGAGCCGCCCUACCUGAACGAGAACCCGCUCCGGGCGCUGUACCUGAUCGCGACCAACGGCAAGCCCGACAUCAAGGACAAGGAGAAGCUCAGCGCCGUGUUCCAGGACUUCCUCGACCAGUGCCUCGAAGUGGAUGUCGAUAGGAGAGCCACCGCGCUCGACCUACUCAAGCACCCGUUCUUGAAGCUGGCGCGGCCGCUGGCGUCGUUGACCCCGCUCAUCAUGGCGGCCAAGGAGGCGGCCAAGGGCCAUUAGCACCGGCCGCCGCCGCCCGCCGCGCCCGCGCGGUAGCGGCCCGGUGCCCCUCGCCACGGCGUGUACGUAUCGCCCACAGACUUAUACCUAUACGGCGAUUAUCGCUUGUUGCCACUACUUACGUAGCGUUCACGUAGACGACGGUUAGACGCCUUAGCUGCCCGAAUGUUGGCGGAAUUAAUUAAUAUUAACGUAGACGGUGGCGCCGCUUAAGUUAGCAAUUAAUUAGACCGUUUCCACGAGCGGCCACGCGCCCGGCGCCGCCCGGCCGAGGGGUGGUGAGUGUGACGGACGGAGAUCAGCUCAGGGUCGCGGAUACAAGUUUUAGUGCCUUUUGUUGUGGAAUAAAUGUUGGCCGGCGAUAUAGACCCGGCGCGUGGCCGGUCGCUGGGCGCAAUUCAUUUAGCCUCAAAUAGACCCCGCCCGGCUACCGGUGAAUGAAGGCAUCCUUGUCGAUGUAUUUAAUAUUGUUGAGGCGCCCAGUUGAAAUGGUGACACUCCAUCUUAAGUAAGAUUGUUGAGGCGCAAAGUGAUAUUCCCUGUGGUAAAUACUUUGAGAAUUAAUAGGGCAAUCAUACAAACUAAUAUUUUAUUAGCAGCACUAUGACAGCCGAAACCACGCUCCUAUCCAGUUAUGUGAGAUAUUUUACAUGUUUUCACAUCACACGCUAUUAUUUUGCUACAAAUAAACAAAACGGUAGAAUAGAAAUUCGGUUAAAUAUUGUUAAAGUGCAUUCACAUAGUAGAGCAUCAUUGUAAGUAUAUGAGGAACAAAGUGUAGCCACUUUGUAUUUGAUAGAAGUUAACAUAUUUUUGCAUUCAAGGGUAAAUAAUAAGUAAGCAGUCCAGUAUUUGUAAUCUUGUAGUAUGGUACAGUCAGAAACAAUACAAUAUUAAAAUGAAUAUGACAAGUAGAUAAAUAUUAUACAUAAACUACAGAAGCUUUGUAACAUGGUAUUCAUUUAAUUGCUUAAAUAUAAACAUAAAAUUACCACCCUAUUACCUAUUAUAGAAUGCCAUUCGGCCGUUUUGAUAAUGAAAACAUCUAAACUCAUUAAAGACAUUGUCAAUUUCAUCGUUUGCAUAUUGCUUAUAUGUAUUGAGGUAAAAGACGCGCGUCGUGUCGUAAACUUAUACCCGUUUUUUUGCAUCCUAAACAUGCGGGAAUAUAACAGGUUGUUUGUUGCAGCCUCUUACACCCUCGGAGACAUACAGUUGUUAUAUUAUAUAUUAAAGACGUUAGAAAGGCACGCAACUCAUAACUGAUUGACGCGGUCUAUGCAGGACGCUUCAUGCUAAUAGCAAAUCGUAGUUCCGUAAAUUAAAAGUUGUGAAAUUUUACGAAGUAAUAUUUAGCUGCAAACAAAGACUGGCAGUUUAAGAUAGAGGAAGUUGUAAAGUAUAAAUAAUAGUAAAAUACAUACAUAACUUAGGCGUCUAGUUCCACUGAAUGAAAGAGAUAACAGAUAAGAUUAGCAGAACAUAGUUUUUCUAAAAUUAACUAGUUUUAUUUGUAACAAUAAUGUACAGAUAGGGAACGUGGUUAGUUUCUGUUUUCACUACGUGGAUGUGUGAUAGUAGUACGUUCGGCUUAAUACUGUGACCGAGACGGAGAGUUGCGGUAGGCGGAAACUAACGAACAGGCAUUGAACUUGAGGUUCCUCGCAUGUCUUUGCCAACUAAUGAUGAUGUAAUUAAACUGUAAGAAGGCCCAACCAUUACAAAACACCGUAUAGUAAACACACAACAGAAAAUAGAUAUUAAGCUUUUCGGGCAGUUCGGAUUCCUCUGUAAAUAUGGUUUUCAUCUGGAUUUUCGCUCGGUGUUGGAUAUAGCGAAGUGUGCUCUAAGUCAUGUGGUAGGAUCAAAUUGGUUUUUAUAUUAUAGCCCAUUAUUGCAUAUAUUAUAUAAAGUUAAAAUUGCUUCUAUGGGUCGACAACAUGAUAGGUAUUCAUUUACCAUUAUUUACUCGACGUUUGAUUAUGAUUUCUUAUCUUUACAAAUAUUAACACGAUGUUACUGUAAUUGGCAGUAAACUAUGUAUACGUGUUUCUUUUUUAAUCAUUAUUCUGUAUUUGUUUGUGACGCUAGUUAUUUGACUGCUUUAUAGAUUUUAAAAGUAUAGUUAGUAGCAGUGUUUAUAUUAUUUUAUUUAGUGUUAACUUAUUUUUACUUUGCUUUCAAUUUAUUUGAUUACUCCGAGAUUAUAGUAUUAUUGCAGAAUUGAUGAUUAAUUAAUAUUUUUGACAAAUUCAUGAUUGUAUGAUAAUUACAAUACAUUAGGUUGUAGGUAAUAUCUAUGUAAUUAUAUAUUUUUUAAUUGACGACCGAAUAAUUUACAGUUUUUAUUUGCAUUUACUAGAAGUAUUAUGUUAUUACAAGGAUGUUGGCGUACCUGGCGACAGUGAUUAAUUAAAUGAUAGCACAAAACAAGAAUAUUUUAUUUUUAAAAGUUAUGCUGAUAUACCUACCUAUGUGCAAGAAGCUUAACUUUUCCUGAGACACAUGCGAUACUUAAGCAUUAGAUAAUAUUCUAUCGUAGUUACAGUGUCUAUAACAUGUAACAGGCAACCUUACGAUUCCAUCAAGGGUAGGUACUUGCAAUAUUAUCAGCGUAACAUUACUUUAUGUAUCAUUCACGAUAAGUAUACAUAUAGCCAUAUGAUAAUAACUCCCAAUCUCCAGACAAUAGAACGUAUUCCAUACUUACCUAAUUAUAAAUAGUCUUAUCAUUAUCAUGUUUUAUCAUUUUUACUCGUGUGUAUGCGACUUGAACUUGAGAUUCUCUCUGCUUUAUAAUAUUAUUGUAGGUUGUGCCAACAGACGCUGUUAUAUUUUUAUGUUUCGAAUUUUGAUAAUUACAAAUAGAGGUAUGAGUGAGUAGAAGAAUGCAGUUGGUACGACGUAGAGGCUCGCCUGUUGUCUAUUGUACAGAAACAAAUUAGGAUCGAGUAGUUUACUCUUUGACAAUAUGAAGUGACCAAUUAACGCUAUGUAAUUUCUGUACAGUCGUCCUGGUUUAUAGGUUGGUGCAUCAGGAUCAGACCUACACAGUUGCUGAACUAAUUUUAUUUAAAUAUCCGAUUUAACUUCAUAGAUGAUUACCAUCCAUAUUUACAUAUUUUUUUACAUACCUAAUUGUAACACCCACCCUUAUUCCAAUAUAACCCAAGGCAGUAUGGUGUAGUCAAAUAUGGCCUAAGUUACCAAGUAAUAAGUGUAACAUUUCCCGAGACCACCGCAGGCCUAAACUGUGUGCGUGCACCAACCAC